AGCGGAGGAAACAGCACGUACUGCACGCUGAAGUGGAAACCUCGCUGUCACCCUGAGCCAAACCGACCCGAACCAGAACCGAAGGACCGGGACGCCGCUUCCAGCUCGGACAGGACGACAAAUAUCGACCUUAAGCUUCCAGUUUGAGUCUGUCUUUCAGAGUACUUCUGGACACCAGCAUGUAGUUUCUCCUCACGUGAAAUUAUACGAGAAGCUCGAGACUGAACCUCCCACUUAUAACUUAUAUCUUUAGAGAAGAAAACAGCGGGGCGAGCCGCCCAGAAAUGGAGACUUUAAACGGCUUUUCCUCACAGCGAAACAUCCUGUGUCUGUUUGACGUGGACGGCACACUGACACCGCCGAGAGAAAAAAUCGACCCGAAGCUGGACGAGUUCUUCCAGACUCUGCGGAGGAAAGUGAAGAUCGGCAUCGUGGGAGGGUCGGACUACCCGAAGAUAGCCGAGCAGCUCGGGGAAGGAGACGACGUGAUUCACAAGUUUGACUAUGUGUUUGCUGAGAACGGGACAGUUCAAUAUAAAGACGGGAAACUGCUCUCAAAGCACGCGAUCCAGAACCAUCUGGGAGAGGAGCUGCUGCAGGAUCUGAUCAACUUCUGCCUGCGGUACAUGGGGCUCAUUAAGCUGCCAAAGAAAAGGGGAACGUUUAUCGAGUUCAGGAACGGGAUGAUUAACAUUUCGCCCAUCGGUCGCAGCUGCACCCUGGAGGAGAGGAUCGAAUUUUCAGAAAUAGACAAGAGGGAGAAGAUCCGGGAGAAGUUUGUUGCUGCCCUGAAAAAAGAGUUUGCUGGAAAGGGGCUCCGCUUCACCAAAGGUGGGCUCAUCAGUUUCGAUGUUUUCCCUGAGGGCUGGGACAAGCGGCUGUGCUUAGACCUGCUGGAGAACGAAGGCCUGGACGCCAUCUACUUCUUUGGCAACGAAACCUCAGAAGGAGGAAACGACUACGAAAUCUUCAACGACCCGAGGACGAUCGGCUUCACCGUCUACUCACCCGAGAACACGGUUCGGCUCUGCCGCGAACUUUUCUUCGACUCGUCGCCGCGCCUCAUCGCCAUACCUUCGGCCAAAACCCCCCCAGAACUGGACAGCAGCAGGAACAUCGAGUGCAGGCUUCUAAUGAACUGCUGAGUGGCACCGCUACCGACGUCUCCUUGUUGAUAAUGUUAGUUUAAUAUAUGAAUGAAAGGCAGGAGGAGGGUUUUUAUUUAAAGGCAGCAGAUGUUGAAGUGAGCAUUGUUGUUUUAAGUACUGUGCCAAAAACUACAUUUGACUGCUGGGAUGAGAAGCAUAUAACCUUGAAAUGAACCCAAAAUGAACAGGGAUGUUUAUCUUCCAGAUGACUUUGGGUAUGAAGCGAUAUUUUUGCACUAAUGAGAGAUAAUAGUUAUCGACAAACUCACCGCAGUACGAGAGCGGGACGGAGGAGACUGCAACGUGAUUUCUCUUUGGUUUUUGGUUAUUAACUUCUUCAAAACAAGGAUCUUUCUACAUUUAAAGUGUAGGAUGUACCAAAGGGACACGACAUUCCAGCUGCUUUAAUUUUUAAACUGGAUCCGUUUUAAUAUGUUAACCGUUUAACUAUCUGGUGUCAAAUAUUUACAUCCACUUCUCAAGGGUCCUGAAGUGAAUAUGAAUUCCUCUAAAUGCAUUUGAGGGAACAAUCAGCAGAUUUAAAAGGGAAGAUUUAGGUUGUUUUUUUUAAUCAGAGUUCUGUUGAGUGGUUGUGAACAGUCAAUAUCUUAACAUACGAAAUGUCAUUUUUACGUAUUGGUGUGUUAAUUUGAUUUCAGUGGCCAUCCAAAGUUAUUCCAAGUUUGACUAGACGUUAGCAAAAAAAUUGUUUAGGAGCUAUCUACAGCAUGUAAGAUGAUUACUGCUAAUAGCCUCUCAAGAGAACAACCUCUCAACUUUCACCUUUUAAAAAUACCGUCCAAACUGUGUUCAGUAAGUCCUUUUGUAUCUCAGCUGCAUGUUGCAUCAUAGGGUCCCGUUUUUAUUUUAAUCUUUUUAACAGUUUUGAGUCUUUCAUUAAGAAAGCUGAAGGCUGAAAACGUUCCAGAGACACAUUUGUAUAUCAAAUCAAAAAAUAUAUCAUUUCUGUACCUGUUUUCUGUUUGCAUACAUUUGCCUGAAUAACUUAAAUAGAUUUGAAAAUGUUGAUAGAUGCUAAAACAAUUUUAGAAGACCAUUUGAACACAUUAUAAACUCCUGAUUAGGGAAUUAUCUGAUGACAUAAGCAGUGUUUCAUGACUUUUGCAAAGUCUGGAUGUUUGGAAAUGAAAGUGGGAAUUCAUCUCAACCAGUGAAUUGACCUGCUGUGACCGUGUCACAAUGUCAGCUUCCAAGGCAAAAAAAAAAAGUUUGAUCAGUCUUUAUCUGCACUUAAUUAUUUUCAUAAAAAGUGUGCGAGACCUCGAGAUGUUUUCUGAUUGGUUGAGCUUGCUGCAGAUAAAAUGUCCGUCGGAGUAAAGUCUCCAAAUUUCUGAGCUUGAGAGCAUUUUAUGACAUGUAUGCUCGUUUUCCACCACUGUUUUAAGUGAUUUUAACCAGAUUUUGAAUGUACAUAGCUAAUGUUUUAUGGUCUGGGAACAAACAAACACUCAUAAAAAAUAUAAAUAAAUAAAUAAAUAAAAAUCUGACCAUACACACUCCUUCAAGCUGAAGGGCUUCAGUGAACUUUAAAUACAAAGCUGACAGUCGCCUUAUAACGCUUCUGUGGAAGUAACUGGAAGAUCGAGCAUGUUGGUUUUUCAAGCACUCGUGGAGAAAAACAAACUAUUUAACGUAAUAAAUCUCUUUUUAAAACCUU